AUGUCCGUGUCGGCAGUACAGCGUCCGACCAGCUUCCAGGUGCGGUCAUUGUUCCGUUCCUUGUUGCGCCAAUCUUCCCAGUUCUCCAACUACAAUUUCCGCGAAUAUGCCCGCCGGAAGACCAUAGACUCGUUCCGCGAACACCAACAAAAGUCGGAGGAGCGCCAGAUACAAGAGCUGAUCCAGGAUGGCCUGCAAAACCUUCGCUUGCUUAAGAGGCAAACAAUCAUCAGUCAGUUCUAUCAGCUGGAUAAGUUGGUGGUGGAGGGCCAGAAGACUGGAAAGGAAACUGGACAAGAAGGCGGGAUUGUUCGCCAGAAAGAUAAUGGAUCCUCCCGCUCAGGGCGCCACCUUGAUGGUAACCGGAGAUCAGGUCAUAUUGACCAUGAUAUUUUUGAAGGAUUGCCUGUCCGCCGCUGGUCGCGCCAACAGCACACCUUCUCCCAAGCACCUAAAACCGAAGACUCUGGAUUCUCGACACAAGGUCCCGGUGGAAGUGGAGGCCUCCCGGAGCUGGCAAUGCCACGCGACAGCAACAUCUUGCCACCACUCAGUCGCGCCCUGCUACGUGCAGCUCGUGCAGGUUGCAUCUAUGUUCGCUCGAAUGGCCGGGCUGCAGAGGAGGAAGAGAAAAAGGAGACAACUACAGAUGCAGAUGGAGAUUUGUCGGUUGACCGUAGCUUCACGAGUCGCAGGUGGACCACACUUCCCAAGCAGUUGGAGCCAGCCGAUGUAGAAUUCUUGGCCAAGAGACGCCCUGGUUUACAGUCGCUGUAUGGCGGUAGUGCUGCGGAUGGAAACUCAGCUGCUACACCUGGCCCAAUGCGGAGAACUAAGUUCAAGAAGACUGACCCGGACACGGGUGUUACCUCGAUUUAUGAAGCUUGGGUGCCAGAGGGCCAUCGCAUCGAAGGGGAAAUUACUGGGGAUGCUCAGACUCUUGCUCAGCAAGCUGAUGCAAAUGCUAAGCCGGAGAUGCCCGCUCCUGGAACUAUUGUGGAAGGUGUUGGUCGGGUAAAUUCAGAGGGCGUGGUCGUUGCAGAGGCUGGUUCAGCCUCUGUAUUGACUCCACCCAAGAGACGACCGCCUCCACCCAAGCGAAAGGGUAAGGGCAUUGGCAAGGGCAGAAAGAAGAAGGUCAUGUUUGCUCCAGGGGAGGGUGCAGAUGCUGCAACAGUACAUGGCGUUCCGGGUACAUUUGGAGGUGCCAAGCAGGAAGAUGGCUCCCACAUUUCCAUCGACCAAGCAGGCCAAGAUGAUGAUGAAGAUGACGAUGGUGAAGAGGAUGAUAGUGACGAUGGAGAUGACGGAGACGAGUCCGUUAUGGAUGCGAAGACUCCGGAUCAGUCGGCUGUGGACUCCACAGACCAGGUCGACUUGACGGCUGAUCAAUCAAACGAUGUCGAGAUGACUGACGCUGGCUCUGAGGUGCAGCCCCCUGUUGAUGAACACCUCACCACCCCUGGAUCAUAUGUGCCGUCACCACAAACAGCGAUUUCGCCCGAGAAAACUGAACCCCCACUGGGCGAAGUUGAUAUUUCAGCCUCAAUCACAGCACCUGCCGCUCAGAGCGAAGAAAUAAAGCCCACUGAGAUACCAGGCGAACUGAAUGCACCAGAAACUGAGCCCGCCGCAGAUGAAGUUUUUGAAGACAAGCCUCAAGCAGAGGCCAUUGCUGUUGUUGAUGUAGAUAUUGUGAUGGAGGAAUCUAUCCCCGCUGAAAAGUCGACUUAUGAAGAGACUGAUAUAACAGCAAGCGAGGUCCAACCCAAUGAACCCGUCGAAGAAACCCCUACAAUUGAACCCACACCUGACGUCGAGCAGCCUUCUCAAGAGCCAGUCCCUGUACCAAUUGAAAACGAAGAACCGGAAUCCAAGUCUCCAGUUCCUGCCACUUCUGAAGAGCUAAAUGAAGAUACGGAAAUAGGCAAUACCACCUUAGCAGAGCCACAGCCCGUGUCUAUCCAGGACUCUGAGCCCCCUAUCAAACCAGAAUCGCCCGCCCCGGAGCCGGUAGUCGCAGAGCCCACAGAAGAAGGCCUGAUAACCGACACCAAACCCGAGGAGGCUUUUGAGUCGGUGCCAGUGGAGACCGCAUCUGAGGAUAUCAAAGACGAACCGUCUGCCCCUAGCGCGGAGUCUAUUUAG